AUGAAAUUCACACACAUCUCAGCCUUUACAAUUGCAGCCUUGGCCACCAGUGUUCAUGCCAUUUUGCCACAACCCAGCGAGACAAUCGAAUCUGUUGAUUCAAGUCCAAGUCUAAAUAGCCAAAGUGUUCCACAAGCAACAGGUGGUCCGGAAUUUCCGAGUACUUCAACAACUCAAGGUCCUGGCGGCAGUCAAAAUAAUCAUCCAAACCAGACUCCCGGAGCUCGUCUAAAGUUUUUCGAUCUCGGUGGGCUUUUACGUGGUAUUGGAAAAAAGCACAAAUCUGGUCAUCAAAAAGCCAAAAAGCACCAAGAUGAGCAGAAUAACUCGAUUGAUUUACUCUUGGAAUCGUUUUUAAAGCUAUCGGUAUUUUCACACUCGAAUGAUCAUGACGGUGCUUAUGGAUCUAUAGAGCACGUUCAAGGCAAAUCAAAGCAACACAAGCGUGUUGAUAAAGUAAUAGUGAAAGGCAUCAAUACUAAAUCGACCCGUAAAGAAGACAUGUAUAGAGUAUAUGCGUCUUACUAUUCCGCACAUCUUGACAUGUACAAAAAAUGGGUCAAAGAUUUUCUAAGUUUCCUUAAUGGAGUUAAAUCUACUGGACCAGUACCUGAGCUUGUCGACGAGCUUGUAAAGAUUUUGGAAGAAUUUCUGGAGAUGAUCAAAGCACUUCAAAAGGAAAUUCACGAGAUAAUGGUCCGUUUAAACAAGGAUCCAAGUUUGCUCGAAGAUGCAGUUAAAGCUAUACUCGAUUUAACCGACCAAUUUAUGAGCAGACAAACGGAUCUACAACAACUACUCGAAAAAUUAUUUGGACGUUAUUCUAGAAUUGACUGGUAUCGCGAACAUCUUGAACCAGAGUUGGGUUCAUGGUUCCAAAGGUUUAGUACAGUGAAAGAAUACAAUCCAAGCAUACCAAGAAAUUAA